UUAUUGAUACAGGCAGAAUCUAAAUUUACAAGUAGAUGUUCAAAACAGAAAACAUUGUGAUAAUUGUGUCUGUGAGUUGGUAAUGGCUAAUGCACAUAAUGACGCAUAUAGUCAUUAUUGCUGAACAUUGUGGUUUCCCAGAAAAUUACACCCGCAUUGGAGAUGGAGUAGUUAUAAGAUCAAGACUCAGAUAUGCUGCUGGAAACAAACUGGACAAAUAUGCGACUGCGCCUUGGUGUUAGGGUACACGGAAUUUAGACGGGAUAUGAUUAUUUAUGAUUGUUAUGAGGUUAUAUUUCACAUAAAAAUAUACUUUGCAUAUUUAUUUUUACAAUCUACAAAUAUAAGCCUCGGGUUUUGUUAUUCAGACACAUAGCAUUCCAUGGUCAAUUAAACAUAUAAUCAACACAGAAUGUACAAAAUAACAGAGUAAAAGUUAAUUAGAAAAUGGAAAUAAAAAUGUGUAAAAAAAACAUGUACACAAAUAACUCGUAAAGGCGUGACAUGAAAACAUGCAAAGUGCACACAGCCUCUGAUUUCAGACAACGGUGCCACCCACUGAGACAUCACAUAUUUCUUUCAAUAUACUAUGUUAUAAUCCAGUUUUAUGCAAAGAUGUUAGUUGCAUAUUGUACAAAAAUAACGACCUCUCACAGCGCGGUCGGUACAUGUAAAUAUACAUUAAAUGUCGUAAUUUCGCCCACCGCUAGGCGGCAGCCGCCGGCAAAUGAGUUUGUUUUCACUGGUCGCCUCUCUUGGUGGCUUUGUGCGCUCCGUUGCGUGCGUCGUUUGCCUGCGUUAGACCCAACAGGACUUUCAUUGAUGUAGACUGAGGGGAAAGGACGGAGCAUAAAAGCAGCUGAAAAGCUCGUCUUCUGCUGGCCGGCGCCUCCGCUGUGCCGUUACCCCGCCGCCCGGUUGGCGACGCAGCCUAUGCUCCCCACUUCGGUUCGGUGUCACUGUGCCGCUUGGCUGCCUGUGGUGCCCUAAGACGGAAACGCAGGGGCAGUGGUGAGUCGGGCUACCGGGGAUGAGGAUCCGGCUGCAGGGGACAGGCCACGCCGCGGGUCUCCUCGCAGAGCUCAACCGCUGCCGGCUCUCCCGCUGCCUGUGUGACGUGGUGCUGCAGGUUGGGGGGCGCUCAUUCCCAGCUCACCGCGCCGUCCUGGCCUGCGCCGGCACCUAUUUCCGUGGCCUGUUCUCUGGCGGGGGCGGUGCCUCCCCCACCUUCACCCUGGACUUUGUGUCUCCGGCAAACUUUGAGAAGGUGCUGACCUUCAUUUACACGGCGGAGAUCCUGACGGACCUGAUCGACGUGGGAGUGCUGUAUGAGCUCGCUGAGAGGCUGGGCGUGCAGCAGCUGGUCUUGGCCUGUCACGCCACCUUCCCUGACCUGCAGAGCUCUAACCCCAGCAAGGGUCCCGCCAAGCCGGACCUCGACCAGCGCACCGCCCCCACCUCCGUGUGCUCUUCCUCGGCAGCCUCCUCCUCCUCAUCGUCACUGUCCUCAUCUGCUGGUCCUUCUGCCACACCGUCCUCCCUGUCCCGGGAUGGUGCCUCCAGAGCGGGCCGGGGCCACGGGGCCCCCUUUCCUCCUCCUCAGGCCCCCAAAGCAGAAAACGAGGAGUUCUUUGUGGAGUACGGCCAGAUGUCCGAGGAGAAGCUGCCGGAGCAGCGGCCAGCGGCUGAGGUGGCGGACACUGUGAACGGGCCAGCCAGGGAUGUGAAGGUGGAGCAGGCUGAGGAGGGCGGUGGCACGGGGGGGCGGCGUGGAGGGGAGUCCCGGGUGCCAUCUGCGCCGCUUAGUGUCUCUUACCCCGACUCCUCGGCUCAGCUGCCGGUGGAGGCCUGCGCCCCCUCAUCGUCGUGCGGCGACCCGCUGGACGGCCUGCAGGUCAGUGCCGUGGAAUGCGGGGGCGCCGACGCCUCCGAGGAGCCUGACGUGCUGUUUGAGGAUGACGAGGACGCAGGGCGGGUGCGUCGCCAGGGAGAUGGCUCCGAGGCCGGCGACCGCUGGGGGAGGCUGUCAGAGGAGAUCAUUGAGCUGAGUGACGACGAGAACUACGCCGAGGAAGAUGAGGUCGAGGAGGAGGACUUGGUGUGCCUGGAAAAUGGCGCUGGCUUGGGGGUGGGCACUCGUGGCCCUGUGGAGGGCCCGGUGGCAUGCGGAGCCUGCGGGAAGGCGCUGCCCGCGGACGUGGGCGCCGUCACGGCACAUGCAGAGACCCACGUGUCGGAUUCAGGCGCAUGCCAGCUCUGUGGUGCCACUCCAGUAUCCCGUGCUGCCCGCAUCUCGCACGCCCUCUCUCACGUGGGCGUCCCGCUCUUCUCCUGCGACAUGUGUCACCUGCAGUUCUGCAGUCCAGCCAAGCUGAACCGGCACCGGCGGCAGGCCCUUGCUGGGAUCCCCCUGCCUCAGCCUAACCAGUUCAACAGUGCCUCCCAGGGACCGGGUGGGGAACUGCAGUGUGCGGUCUGCUCCAAGCAGCUGACUAAGGACUUCCAGGCCGUGAGGGAGCACCUCCUCGUCCACUUGUGUGUGUCUUCACUUCGCUGUGCCGUGUGCCACCUGGCACAGCCGUCCCUGUGCACGCUGCUGUGGCACACCCUCACGCACCUCUCCCUGCCCAUCUAUACCUGCCCCUGCUGUGCCUGCUGCUUCCUGGAGCGCCCCCAGCUGGAGAGGCACAUGGUAGAACACGGCGAGGAUGGUGCAGCUGCAGACAGGGAGCUCGGGGACUGCCCUGUGCCUGGGGCCGACGCCCUGGAGGAUCUGCGCUGCUUCUUGUGCUCUCAGACCUUCACCUCCACCUCUGCCUUCCAGUACCAUUUGAGCUUACAUACGGGCGAGCAGCCGAGCAGCCAGACCUGGCAGGGCAAGCGCAAGGCAGAGCAGGCCCUGGACUAUCCCUCAUCCUGCUCGUCGUCCUCGUCGCUGGAUGCCGGAAGCCUGGGCAGACUAGUGGCCGUGGGCUUCGGGCAGCCCGUGGGCCCGGGGCCCCCCGAGAAGCCGCCUUCGGGCUCCCUCCCCGGCUUCCCGGUAGGACUCCUCCCAGACGGCAACCCUGGCGGGCCAUCGGCGGGCGCGGCGCCACGGGUCAAGUGGUACCGCUGCCGGUUCUGCGGCAAACGCUUCGCCCACUCGGGCGAGUUUACGUACCACCUGCGCAUCCACACUGGCGAGAAGCCGUACCAGUGCAAGGUCUGCCUGCGUUUCUUCCGGGGACGCUCUACCAUGAUCUGCCACCUGAAGACGCACGCCGGCGCCCUCAUGUACCGCUGCACGGUCUGCGGACUCUACUUCUCCACCCUCAAGCUCGUCUCGUCCCACAUGGAGCAGCACAAGGACAGUCUGCCACCGGAUUUCAACAUUGAACAGACCUUCAUGUACAACGACCACUCCAAAGAGCCCCUCUCUGGCCUGGACAGCUGAUUGGCUUUUCCUCGUGGCCUGGACCACUGACUUGCUGUUUCUCUGGCCUCGGCGUCUGAUUGGCUGUGUCUCUUCUUGACCUGCUGAGGACUGGAUUUCUAAAAGAUGCUAAAGCUGUCUGUGUUUAUGGGAUUUAAAAAAAAAAGGUUUUGCUUCACCGCUUGGUGGCAGCACAUCUCUGAGAUUGGUGUGAGGUCAUAUCGAAAGUGGUGACUGGAGAGCGACGCUCCCCAGUUUAGUGAUGCCCAACUGGAAAUCAAGCCGUGCCGCUCUGCUCUCCAGGCUGAGGAGGCUGAGCUUGGUCGUUGCGUGCCUUAUUGUGGAGGAGAAGACUGCAUCGUGGUUACUGCUUAGGUGCUGCUGUGGGCGUUUCCCAUGGUGCCUUGCAAAAACAUUUCCUACAGUCUCCUCUUUCUCCUUGGUCAAGAAAGCUUUUCCACAUGUAGACAUUUUUAUCCACCAAAUUAAUUUUAACUAAACAUUUUUAACUUUUUAAAGGUUUAUUGAUUUAUCUGUUGUUUUUCUAAAAAGAAAAAUACUAUUUCCUUACUGUAGCUGUAGAGAUGUGACACUUCUAAAUUAGAAUUGAUAGAUUAAUAUUUAUGGUGUUGUGUAUCUGACAGCUUUAUUUGGUAUUACCACCGCUAUGCUUUGUUAAAACGAGCAUAAUCCUGUCCUAAUUUAGGGUAGCUAAGUUCUGCUUAAGAAAUCCAAUAUUGAAAUAUGGUUCUACAAGCUUUGAAUGUCUUAAGGUUUGAUAUUAAAGUGUGUAUGUAUACAUUUAAUGUUGAUUUGAAUAAAGUAGCAGCUUGUCAGAAAUCUUACAGGCCAGUCAAUGAGGAGAAAGGUGCUAUUAGAUGUUAGUGCGUGGGCUCUCUCCGCAGGACGUGUGUAAUGCGAUAGAUACACAUGUAACACGACGACACUCUACACUGUCCGCACCCCCUCACAGUACAGUGGUAUUAAAUGUGGGAGCAAAAUUUUAUUUGUUAUUUUUUAUAUAUAUAUAUAUUGUGAAACACACCUUUUUCAAUGUAAGCAGCGCAAUGUGUUUGCUAAAGUCCCACGGCCAAGCGGUUUGAUUUAGAUGGCUAAGACGGCUGAUGGUGUUGGCCCAUCUUGGAGUGGCUUGGCCUCUCCGAAAUGGCAGCUCGCCACCUCAUUGAUCAGGCUUGACACUGACCUCCUGUAGCCCCGUGCAGCAGCUCUGUGAGGAUGAGCUGUAGCUGAGGUAAUGCCCUGUGCAGCAGCUCUGUGAGGAUGAGCUGUAGCUGAGGUGAUGCCCUGUGCAGCAGCUCUGUGAGGAUGAGCUGUAGCUGAGGUGAUGCCCUGUGCAGCAGCCCUGUGAGGAUGAGCUGUAGCUGAGGUAAUGCCCCGUGCAGCAGCUCUGUGAGGAUGAGCUGUAGCUAAGGUACCGCCCCAUACAGUAGUUCUGUGAGCAUGCGCUGUAGCUCAGGUAUGGCGCCAUACAGCAGCUCUGUGAGGAUAAGCUGUAGCUGAGGUACCGCCCCAUACAGUAGUUCUGUGAGCGUGUGCUGUAGCUCAGGUACGGCCCCAUACAGCAGCUCUGUGAGGAUAAGCUGUAGCUGAGGUAUGGCUCCGUGCAGCAGCUCUGUGGGGAUGAGCUGUAGCUGAGGUAUGGCUCCGUGCAGCAGCUCUGUGAGGAUGAGCUCUAGCUGAGGUAUGGCUCCGUGCAGGAGCUCUGUGGGGAUGAGCUGUAGCUGAGGUAUGGCUCCAUGCAGUCUGUAAGGCCGCAUGCGUCCACCGUGAGUCUCAAUUUGUGUGGUUAUUUUCAAAUGUUUAGAAACUGUUUCUGAUGAAGGAACUGUGCUGCUUUGCAGAAUGCAGUGCCCUGCUCCCUACCAUCUCUGUGCCCUGAAUCAGGCUCCCUGUACGUCAGCACUCACCUCAGAAGCAGUGAUGCAGUGACAUGGAGCCAAGUAGCAGUCAGCUUGGUGCCAUCACAUCUAGUGGGUUUUUUUUCUUUUACACUUAAAGCCUUAAAAUGUCUGUGGAGAUGCAUGUACGUCGAUGAAAUGUCACAAUGGUGUUCUUGUGAAUCUGUCGGAAUCGACUCUGGGUCUCUAAGGUAUUAAAGGACCGGCCCCCCAUCGGAGAACGGUUCCCUCUUUUGUCAGAAUCUGUCUUAUUUCAUAAAGUAGGUCAAGGUUUUACCAUCUAUUUAUUGUAUUUAUACUGUUUUUUUAUUGACACUGUUAUAACAAAUGUCAUGUUGGUCAUUGAAUUCAUGCUUCAAUUUUGUUUGUUCCAUUAAUAAAACAGAGUAACAGCAGC